AUGGACGCGAACGGCGGCUUCUCGCUCGGCGCGGGGCGCUCCUCCCGGCGGUCCCGGCGCGGCAAGGUCGGCGGGAGAUCGGCUCCGCGCGCCGCGUUCAGCCCCGCGACGGGAGCCCCGCUGGGCACCCAGGUCGCGUUCGAUGCGGUGGGCCCGGCGCCGGACGACGACGCCGCGGCGGGCGCGUUCGUCGGUGGACAGGCGACGUCACCGCGGGCGCAGGGGCCCCUGGGCGGCGCCGCGGGCGCCGCGGCGGCCUCGAACGGCGGUGCGUUUGAGGCGCAGGGCGCGGCCCCGGGCGCUGGCGCCGCGGGGGCGCGCGUGGGGCUCGGCCCGGGGGCGUGCGGCGCGAGACCUGCACAGGAGGGCCCGGUUCCGGCCGUUCCGCCGCCGGCGGAGCACGUGCCGCUGCCGACGAGCCUCCUGGGCGCCCACGAGACGGUGCGCGCCGAGGGCUCCGGCGCGGCGACCGCGAGCGGCGCGGACGGCGGCCCGGCGGAUAGCUUGAGCAGCGACGAGCGCACGGUUCGCGAGCCGGCGGGCCUCGCCGAGGAGUGCGCGUCGCCCCCCGGCUCCAGCAUGGACUGGAGCGAGGGCCUGGACCCCGCGACGCCCCCGCGCGCGCCUGGAAACGAGGGCUGCGACACGCCGCGCUUCCCCGCGCCGUUCGCGAUGGGCGACGGACCCGCGUUCACGCCGGGCAAGCCCUCGCCGUCCGCGCAGAAGGCGUCGAGGGCGAAGCCGCUGCGGCGCGGCGUGGCGGUGCCCGCGGGCGCCGCGGGGUCGACGUUGAAGUUCACCUUCGGCCCUGCGCCGGCCGGGGAGGGCGCAGCAGCGGCGGCGACGGGCGCGAGCGCGCACCCGCACAACCCGUUCGCGGGGUCGGCGUGGGCGCCGAGCGCGUUCGGCGGCGCCGGGGCCACGCAGGCGGCGAAUCCGUUCGCCGCGGGGGGCGCGGUGCCGGACGCCGGCGCGCGUGUCGCACACGGCGGAGGCGGGGGGUCGCCCGCGGAGGCGACGCGGUCGCUGCUGUUCUCGAUGGGGAAGGCGGCGGGGUCGCCGACGAAGCGCGGGCACCGGCGCAGGGCGGGGCACGGCCGCGGCGCCGGGGCGCGCGCGGGGGAGUCUCAGCCGGAGUCCCCCGGGGAGGAGAACCAGAACCGGGGCGGGGCGCUGGAGAACCCGUUCCAGGGGUGGCAGGAGAAGAUCACGCAGGUGCAGUCCGACGCGGCGCAGCGCGCGCUCGAGGCCGGCAAGCGCGCCGCGGACAAGCAGCGCAUCCAGGGCAACGACGCGUACAAGUCAGGGAGGUACGCGGAGGCGAUCGAGGCGUACAGCGCCGCGGCGGACGCCCUGCGCGAGCUCGUCGCGGGGCAGGAGCGCGGCGGGCAGACGCUGCAGGCGCACAGCCUCCAGCGCGAGCUCAGCUCCGUGCUGGGCAACCUGGGCGCGGCGCAGCUCAUGGCGGGGCGGCCGUGGGCGUCGCUGGCGUCGACGCGCGCCGCGCUGGCGCUCGACGCGGGCAACCAGCGCCCGCGCGUGCGCGAGGGGACGUGUCUGCUCCGGCUCGGGCUGUUCCGGGAGGCGCGCGGGCUGCUGCAGGCGGCCAUCCACGGCACGCCCGAGCGGCCCGCGGUGAGCGGGAAGGCGCUCGAGGAGGCGCUGGAGCGUCGCGGGGAGCUCGAGCAGGUCGAGGCGGCGGUCGAGGAGGUGCUGGACGCCGUGGCGGCGCGGCUGUCGCGCGAGGGGGCGCGCGCGGCGCGCGAGCCGCUCGCGCUGGCGGUGGAUCGUCUGGAGGGCGCGGUGCACUUCGCGCCGCACUCCGAGGCCGCGGCGAUCGGCCUGGCGCUCGGGCGCGUGCUCGUGGGGAAGCUCGAGCUCGCGGAGGGGGCCGCGAAGGGCCCGGUCGAUGGGGGGGACUGUGCGCCCGAGGACGGGCAGGACGCGGAGGCGGCGUGGCGGAUGCGGUCGUCGUGCGGCGCGGAGUGGCGCGCGGCGGUGCGCGCGGUGGUGCAGCUGCUGUCGGGGGACCUGGAGGCCGCGGCCGGGACGCUGGACCAGCUGCAGGCGGCUGGGGACCCCCCGCGGACGGAGACGGCGGAGCAGGCGCUCGCGGUGCGCGGCAGCGUGUGGGAGAAGGUGUGUCUGCCACGCGCGAUGGUGCGCGACGCGGCGGCGGCGGUGCGCGAGGCGCUGGCGCUGAAGAAGGCCGGGAACGACAAGUUCGCGCACGGGAGGGCGGACGACGCGCUGGCGCUCUACACCCAGGCGCUGGGCAGCGGCGCGGCGUGCGCGCCCGUGACGGCGCCGCGGUUCGCCGCCGUGCUGCACAGCAACCGCGCGGCGUGCCACCAGAAGCUCGGGCGGAACGCCGAGGCGCUCGCGGACUGCUGUCGGGCGCUGGCGCUGGCGCCGGGGUACUCCAAGGCGCUGAGCCGGAUGGCGUCGCUGCUGGGCGUCGUCGGGCGGCACGAGGACGCGGAGAAGUACCUGCGGAAGAUGCUCGAGUGCGCGGACGUCAAGGCGAGCGCGGAGCGGCGGCGCGACGUGGAGGAGCGCAUCGCGGCGGAACAGGGGCACGUGCGCGCGGUGGGGCACGGGGAGGAGGUGCCGGACCACUUCCAGAUCCUCGGGCUCAAGACGACGUGCUCGAGCGACGAGGUGCGCAAGGCGUACAAGCAGCUGGCGCGCUCGAUCCACCCGGACAAGGCGCUGGCGACGUGCGGCGGGCGGCUGGUGUCGGCGGGCGCGCUGGCGGGCGUGCUCGACCUGGGCGUGUGGGUGGACGGCGCGCCGCACGAGGAGGACGCGAAGGACCGCGCGGGGUGGCUUUUCAAGUGCGUGCAGGAGGCCGUGUCCACGCUGACCGACCCGCACAAGCGCACGGCGUACGAGGCCGAACGCGAGACGGCGCAGCGGCGCAAGAAGUACUGGUCCGCGUCGGCGCGGAGCGGCGGCGUACGCCACGGAGGGUUCGGGCACGUGCCGCGGCACAGCAACCCCUUCUCGCACAACUUCUACGCCGGCUGGGGGGCGUACGACGAAUACGACGACGGCUACGGCGACCCGUGGGGGGACGCGGACGGGCACGAGUACUACACGGGGUACGCGGAGGACUACAGCAACAUGAGGCGCGAGCAGCAGCAGCGCAACGGCGGCGGCGGCGGGUACGCGCGCGCGGGAUCGUUCGGGGGCGCGCACAGGGCGCACGCUGGCGGACGCCACUACGGGCACGGAGGAUACGCCUACAGGGGCGCGGGGGCGGGCGGUGCCGGACGCCGCUGA